GUUGCCGCUAGAGAGUUUGUGGCUCGCACCGGCCGCGGGGAGAGCCCCCCAAAAUAGUGGGCCUCUCGGCACGAUCCCGGUUGCCGACAAGGCGGUGCAGCCUGGGCUGUCUGCCCUAGACAGAGAGCGCGCGCCGCGCCGGUGCCCAUCAACGUUAACCAUCGCCGACGAGCCAGCUGCCUAGUGAGCCCGUCGGCGAGAGGGCCGGUCCUUUCCAGUCAACUCCAGGGCUGUCUUCUCUGUCUGUGCGUGUCCGGGACGGUGAAACCUAGUUGCCGAUCGACCUGGAUUAGACGGGGCUCUGUGCCACCGCGGUUGACAUUGUGCAUCGCUGUGACGAUGCCGCUGGAACUUUUUCCAGGCGGGCUUUUCGAGAUUGUGGGCGGUGAGACUUCGUGAAGCGUGAGCGGUCGGGAAGAUAGGUAGCGCCGUAGGUAUCGUGGCGAUAAUCAUGUCGACGACGGGCGUGGUCGAGGAAGAGACCACGUGUUCUCGAGCGCCGGAUCAGUUGCUCUGAGGGACCGCGCCGGCAUUUCACGGGCAUCAUUUUCUAUACUUCACGUGUGACGUAUUUGUGUGUGCGUCUGUAAAAGGGACGGAUCUGGUCCCGCACUUAGUUUCAGCGUCCUGUGUUCGUGAGGUGUCGGCCGACGGACGCAUGUGAUGGUCCGACCACGUGGGCAACAUCGCAACGCCGGCGCCUCUGGCCAAAGACUGUGUCGUCCGCUGGCAGGUCCACAACGUUUGCUUGGCACCUGUAGUGAUUGAUGUGUAGUAGUGGAAGACGUUCUGCGUGAAGGCGAAGAAGCCGACGGUCAACGAUCCCUUCCCGAAGUCGGCGUCCCCUGCCUCGCCCAGCUUUAUGGUCGGUUCCUUCGACCACCUGUAAAGGUUUACACGACAAAUCGAAGACAUUUCCAGAAAUGUGGCUAACGGCGCAACUCAUUUUGACUGCCGGCCUGGCUCAGGCUCUGGCAUCGAACUGGCGCAGCAUACGGAGCGACCGGCUCAACGCCGGCCUCUGUCCCGACUCGGACGACGACUUGUGUUCGAACGGUCGACCCGACAGCACGAGGCUGGCCUGCAAGUGCGACUACGCGUGCGCCAAGUUCGGUGACUGCUGCGUGGACGCCCCGCGGAGUCCCAGCCGCGAGCCGACGCACGCCUGGCGGUGCCACCCGAGCGGCUUCUUCUCGCUCAGGGCCUGUCCCGCCCGCUGGCCUCCCGACGACGCCGUGCGUCGACUCUGCGAGGGCUGGGAAGACAGGGACGGCUUCGAGGACGACUACGGCGGCGACGGGAGCGACCCGGUUGUUCCCCCCGUCAGGCACUACCUGGAGGACGUUCCCGCCUUCUCGAGUGACUCGGAGCGCAUGUACUGGAACGUCUUCUGCGCCGCGUGCCACGGCGACGCCGUCCGGCUCUCCACGUGGCCCGCCAGCCUGGACUGCGACAGUGCGCCGCUCGGAGGUCGCGGUCCGGGUCCUGUAGUCAUAUUCGACGAGAGGUCCCUCCGACAGCUCGUGGCCGCCGGGAACCUGAGCUACGUGGGCGACAACCGGUUCCUGGUGACGGACAGGAACGAGAAGCACCGCUGCAUGCUCAGAGUACAGAGGUCUGGCUGGAAGUCCUUCUCACAGGCGCACCUUCUUCGCUCGUGCGCGUCGGGCGCCGAAGCGGCCCCGCGAUGCCGCAACAGCAGCGCCGAGCUGGUGUCUCGCUGCGGUGCCUACACCGCGUACGUGCACGAUAGGGUGUCGCGAAGGAACUACCGCAACUACCACUGCGCACUGUGCGACGUGACGCAGAAGCAGCGGCUCGCGUGCGGCGCGUACGCCGACGACCUCGAGCCGGAGGGCAACGUGGUCUCGUACCAGUGGCAGAUCGAGUUCCGCGUCUGGAGGAACCCGGAAGACACCCCGCUCGAGUGUCCCGAUGACAGGCGCAUGAAGGACGACCUGACGCGAGCCUGCCUGCCCGUGGGCUGCGCGCCGGGUCUGGUACCCGGACCAGAAGGUAUGUGCGUGCCCGAAGACGUCGCCCAACCAGACCCGUUCGACAAGCCGCCGCCAGCGUGUCCUGUUAUUCACCUGGGGUCCAAGUAUGUGGGACUACUUCGAAACGGCUCCUUGCUCCUCAACGUGAGCCGUGGGCAGGUGUUCGCUCCCGACCAGUUCCUCCUUGUGGCGGAGCGCCAACACUUGCCACCUGAAAGCUUGACAAGUCAGUCAGUACGAUGCCAUGCACACAUCUGCGCACCGAUUUUCCGUCCUAUUUACAAGUUGCUUUGUAAAGCGAAUGUAGUUUUCUUUAUACAAUAUACAAAGUGUUUUGUGCCUAACUGUGACUUGCAGGUGAACGAGCAAAACAGAACCAUCGGCUGGUACGCUCUGGCCUGCGCCUGCCACCGCAUCAGCUUCAUGUGGACGCCCUCCCUGCUGUUCGUUGCGAGGCUGGCACUGGGUGUUUCCAUCCUCUGCCUCGCCGUCCUCCUGGUCACCAGGCUGCUCGAACUGCACGUGCGGCGCCACAAAAUGGCCGCCUGCCUCGCCGCGAGCGCCAUCUUGUCGCAGUUCACCCUCCUGCUGGAGCCUCACAUCGAACCCUUCAGCCGCGGCUGCGCCGCUCUCGCCGUGGCCUGGCACUACUGGAACUUGGCCUGCGUCGCCUGGAUCGUGGCGCUAGCCGGCGACGCGUACCGAGCUCUGCACGCGCUGCGCAGCAUGCGUCCGGACGGGCGCUCCAUCCGGCAGCUAGGCCUACUCUGCUGGUUCGGCCCGGUGAUCGUCGUCGCCGCGGCGUUGGCCAUCGACAGGCUCCAACCGGAGUGGCCUCUGAGACCGCUGUACGGCGAGCCUCUGUGCCUGCUCAACGAUUCCCUGGGCUCCGCGGUGUUUCUGGGCAUGCCCAUCGCAGCCAUGCUGCUGACGGCGGCCACUUUGCUAAGCCUAGUCGCACCGAGGCUCUGUGGAGGCCCGCCUCCGCAGACGAAGCCUGCCAAGGCCGAGUUCCGAGCCGACCGCGUCCGCUUCUUCCGGCUUGCCGCGAUCGUGUUGCUCGCAGUAGUCACGUGGUCUUCGCCGCCGCUCGCCGUGGCGCUGGGUAUGCACCAGCUGUGGUACGUGUUCUUCGGCUGCCUCGCCGCUCAGGGCAUGGUGGCGCUCGCGGCGUUUGCCCCGCUCGGACGCCUGGCGGCGCGGCUGCGCGGCACGCGGUCGGCGGGCGUGCUCGUCGCAAGUUCGUCGGUGGGACACCUGUCCGACCCGCAGCAGGUGCCGCCGCUGGCCGCCACUACGGUGCCGAUCGACCCCGUGACUGGGCCUUAUCGCAAGCACUUGCCGUCGCAGGCAGCGGCGGUUGCCGCCACUCAGCAACAGAGUUCGCCCAGUAGGCGCUCGUCGUGCAAGCCCAACCUGGAGCGCCGCUUCAGCAAUAAGAGGCCGCUUGUCAUCGAGGACGAACUGGAGACCAACGGCAAGGCUUGACUUUCGGAGGUGUGAAUGCGCAGUUUCUUCGCGGUGGACGCUUAGGCCAUACGUGUUGUGCGCAUGCGUGAAAAUGUGCUAAAACAUGUUAAACGACCAGUGUGUAACAUACAUUUCUUUGCGGCACAG